AUGGCUUACCGAUCCAACGACUUUGAAGAGCGUUUCUACGACGGCCCGCGCCGCCAGCGGGCCGAAAGCCGGGUUGCCUUUGAUGAAGUUGACGUCCGCGUGAAGGAGCGCGAGCGUGAGCGCGAAGGUGACCGCCUCCGCUUUCUGCGCGACGAGAGGCCUCCCGAAGCUGGAGCUCUUGUCCUCAGCCGCAGAGAGGUUGAAUCAAGAGAGCUAUCACGGCCUCGCGCGCGCAGCCCUAGCCCUGUUUACCGCGAGCGGGUUGUACGCAGAGCCCGCAGCUUGACACCUCCGCACGUCCACCAUGACCAAGAGCUCGAGCGCUCCAGAGUCCGCGUCACGGAGCGGGAGCGAGAAAUUCGCAGCCCGUCCCGCGGCCCUCCUCCGGAGCUGAUCCGCGCACGAUACGUUGAGAGGCAACGCUCGCCCUCUCCUCCACCCCCUGCCAGAGAACGCAGCCGCGUCGGCGUGCGCAUCGUUGAGCGUGAGAGGGAAAGAGAGCGGGUUCCGUCCCCCUCACCCUCACCGCCACCACCACCACCCCAACCUCAGGUCAUUCGUGGCCCCACGAUCGAAAGGGAAGUCAUUACGCACUACAGAGACAUCGAUCACGGUGAGUACAGGGACAAACUGCAGGAAAUAAGGCCCCCGCGAGGUCUAAUGCAUCCAGGUGUUACCCGCGUGCCCAGCCCGCCGCCUCCCCCUCGUCCCGCUCCCCGCCCGAAGACCCGCACCGAAGAGCGGGAGCUGGAUAUCGACAUCACCACAUCCCGCAGAGGAACCGACAUUGACAUCCACCGUUCACAAAGCCGCCACCGAUCUCCUAGCAGGGAACGUAGAUCCCCCGCUUUCCAGGACAACAGAGAACUCGUCGUGAGUACCGACCGUCUCCGGAUCGACGACCGUCACUACCACAGCGGAUCGCGUCGUAGAGCUCACUCUGCGGCUGCACGCACGCCUGUCGACGAGGAAGCCGAGUAUAUCACCUCCAAGAUUGACUCGCGCGGCAAGAUGGGUGAAGCCUGGAAUGGUGCCACUAAAGACUGGGCCAUCGUCGACGUUCCGCCCGGGACAGAGCGUGUUCGUAUGGAUGGCGUUGGGGGCGGUUCUGCCGAGGUCACUUGGCAGCGUUACAACGGUGUGAGGCGGGCGCAGUUCAUUCCUGAACGGGACGCCGCUCCUAUUUCGGCUCCGGCCCCACUCCCCGCUGAACCUUCGCCGCGCGAGUCCCGAGACCGUCUCAGCCUCCAGGUUUAUGAUCGCGAGACAGAGAUUGAGAUUGAAAAGACAAAGGAUCGCGCGCCGCGCCGCGGACCUCCAUCAAAGCGAAAUGAGAUGUGGACAGAGAUCACAAAGGACUUGGUGAUUCGCGACGCUAUUAUCCAGCUUGGAUAUGAUUUCGAGGAGACUGAAUACUUUUUCUACAUCAUGCAAUACUUGAAAUACGUAUCAGACGAUAUCCGCCGCUUCCGUAAGCAACGCGUCCGCGAGUAUGAGAGGGAGUGGGUGCAUGACGAUUGGGACCGCCGAUCUCAUCACCACCACCACCGCGGGCCGAGCAGCAAGUACGAUGACGAACGAAUCUACGAGCGCGAGGUCGUCUACGACAGUCAACGCCCCCGACGUUAUUAA